AUGUUAAAUAUUACUGAAAUGGAAUCACCAGCUAUUCGAGAAUUAAAAAUUUUGCUGUUCGAAAACCUGAACAAGAGAUAUCCGAUGAUUUCAUUAAAUAUUUGUGCUUUUCUACUUGAUCCAUCACAAUUAAAAAGUGAUAUUAGUCGUUAUUUAACUCAAAAUCAAACGAGAAAAGAGUUAACAUUAUUAAAGAUGAUUAAGAAGUUUAGAAUUUAUAAUGUUCCACAAGAAUUUACAACAGAAAGUAUUUCAACACCUGCAAUAUCUUCUCAUUCAACUGCACGUACAACAACAUGA